AUGGCCAACUGGGGAGGGGCAUCAAUCGGGUCGCGAGCUCCCCUUGCUAGUCAUAACAGACAGCAGCAACAGGAUGAAGAGAUAACAGGGCGAAAAAGUGAGGUGACAUCCGUCAAGGCAACCGACUCCGGUAGUCUGGUACCUUCCGGCAGCAGGGGUGAUCGACCAGUCUUGACCCCGGCCUCAGCGAUUGGCGAAAUCACAUACACGCACAGACACACAAAACCCGCCAGCUUGAGCACAAGCCCCACUUAG